UCCGCACUGGCUACCUCCAUCCUGCCGCGGCCACAGGCCUCCGAAUCGUUCCGCAGACCGUCGAUCCUGCAGGCGUUCGACCUGCCCUCGUUCAAAACGGCGUCCACGCUCGACAGCAAGCCCUCGCUGCCGUCCAUCGGCCACGAGAUAUCACGGCCGUCGUCGACCUCCAGCGUAGCCUCCUCGUUCCCGCAGCAGCGCCACGGCAGCCAUGCCUCCAUCCAGCUGCCCGCGCUGUCGACGCUCGCCUCCGUAGCGCACAAGGACCGCACCGCCAGUAAUGAUAAUUCCUCCAGAGGCAUGCCCCCGAAGCGGGCGUCGCCGCCGCCCAGCAAACCCUCCAAUGGCCACAGCAUGACUUACGCAACCGCCGCGCCCGCAACGUCUGGCGGACAGGCCAACUCGCCGCCUGUCUGCCAGAACUGCACCACGAGCACCACUCCGCUCUGGCGACGCGACGAGUCUGGCUCCGUCUUGUGCAAUGCCUGCGGCCUCUUCCUGAAGCUGCACGGUCGGCCGCGGCCCAUCUCCCUCAAGACCGAUGUCAUCAAGAGCCGCAACCGCGUCAAGACCGGCGCGCCUGGCGGUCGCAAGAAGGCCGCCGACGCGAACGGCCUCCCCGCUGCCCACCCCGACGCCGACGGAUCGCUAGGGCUUGCUCAACAUCGACGAGCAUCCGGGAAGAUCUCAUCUGGUCUCUCUGACCGGUCCCAGUCGCCAAUCUCGCGCACCGGCACCCCAGGCCUCUCCCACCCCUCCAACAUCGCGCCCCAGCACAUGUUCGAAAGUGCUCUACAUGGCGAAUUCCACUCCCCAUCGUUGCCUAACUUCGCUCUCCGUCAACCCUCCCCCAGCGCGGCCUCCUCGGUUAACGGCUCACAUCUCGAACCGCCGCUUCCUUACGACACGCUAGCGGCCCAGAAUACUGCACUUAAGACGCGGGUAUCCGAGCUAGAGGUUAUCAACGAUCUCUUCCGAGGGCGCGUAGGGGAGCUUGAGAGCAGCGAGCAAGCCGCACGAGAAACAGAGUCGCGGCUGAGGGUAGAGCUUGAAGAGGUCAAGCAGCGAGAGGCCGAUCUCAAAAGGCGGCUUGAAGAGCUGGAAGGCGAAGGACCCAAGCAUAAGAAAAUGCGGCUCAGCGACCUCGUCGACGAGAGCAGAGCCGGCACGCCAAUCAGCUCAAUGGCAGAGUAAAAUCUGUCAUCCUGUAUGGUUCGUUUUCUUAUCAUUUAACGACAUCUUACGCCUUCGGUCCUACUAGGGUUUGUUUUUUAUCUUUCUCGUCUAGCGGAUAUCAUGUCUUUCCGCCUCUCUGCCGCCAUGGUCGGUUUGAGGAGAUUUUCCACCAGAGUUUCCUUUCCUCGAAACUUUAAUAUUCCUGUCCUUUCCACCAAGUAGAGCUGUGCGUCGACGCUAC